AUGCGCGUCCACGCGGCACGGCACGAAAGGCGAGACGCACACGCCCGCGGCUCGCAGGUCCACGGCGGCGGCGCCUGCGUGAUCGCCGUGGCCCUGCGGGAAGUAGUAGACGGCAGCGCCAACGGGCGGCACGGCGCACAGGGAGCCCGCGCACGCCUGCCACAGCUGCGGAUGCACGCCGCGCCCCUCGGGCUUGGCACGGCCAGCGGCGGCCUCCGGCGAUGGGGCCGGCGGGGGCAUCUGCGCCGCGAACGUGAGCGUCGUCGUCCCGAGCCGCGUGGGCGCGCAGACUGCAGCAACAGACAUGACUGGGUCAUCGGCAGGGCGCAGGGCUUCUACGUCGCCAGCUCGCAGGACGGCACCAGCAAGACCAUUGUGCUCACCGCCAUGUUCGAGGGCCCCGAGGCACCGCAUGGCGGCGACACGCUCAGCUUCUUCGGGGUCCACCGCAUGGCCUCGCCGGAGUCCCACAUAGCCAUCAUCGGAGGCACCGGCAAACGCUGCACCCUGGCGACGAGCACACCACCGACGGCAGCGAGUGCUGGUGCCGCCGCGACGGGCAACGCAGGAGCCGCCGGCGCGGGCGUGGGUGACCACCCGCUGACGUUCUUCAUGCACGACAUCCUCGACGGCUCGCAGCCGUCGGGGCGCAUCGUGACCGGCGUGGUGGCGAGCGCGGCGGCCAACGGGCAGCUCCCGUUCGCGUGCCCCAACACCAACAUCUUCCCGAUCCAGGGCGCGAUGCCGCUGCCGCAGGGCGCCAGCAACCUCAUCAACAGCAACAACGUGCCCUACGUCGCGGGCCUCGGCGGCACGUCCUCCGCCGUCGUCCAGAACAACGGCAACCCCGUCAACGGCGGCAACAAGAACAUCCCCUUCGUCAACGCCGCGUAUGGUCUCGGACUUCCAGAAGCGCAUCAUGGAUGA